AACUAUGGCUCGUACCAAGCAAACCGCUCGCAAAUCGACUGGAGGAAAAGCUCCCAGAAAAGCUCUGGCGACGAAGGCGGCUCGCAAGUCGGCCAUUGUCACCGGAAGUGUCAAAAAAGUGCAUCGUUUUCGUCCGGGAACAGUCGCUCUUCGUGAGAUCAGACGCUAUCAAAAGUCUACAGAGCUUCUGCUUCGCAAGCUACCAUUCCAGCGUCUUGUCCGUGAAAUCGCGCAAGACUUCAAAACCGAUCUCCGUUUCCAGUCAGCUGCUAUCGGAGCUCUUCAGGAAGCUUCCGAAGCUUACCUCGUUGGACUCUUCGAAGACACCAACCUGUGCGCCAUCCACGCCAAAAGAGUCACUAUCAUGCCAAAGGAUAUGCAACUCGCCAGACGCAUCCGUGGAGAGCGCAGCUAGAUCCCUGUUUUAUUACUGCCCGAAUAAUUAUUUUAUCUUUACCGCUUUGUAUUAAUAUUAUGCCUCUUGAUGAAAUUCCGCAACGUCCUUCUCAUCACACCUGCACAUUUCUCAUCCCUGUUUUCUAUCGAUUUAAUGUAUCGAAUAAACCCUGCGUUCCUUUUU